AUGGGCAACAGCCUGAAGGCGAUUGUGGCUUUUGUGCCUUCCAAGGGGUGCCAGAAGUACCUCCUGGAGGACCUGGAAGAAAUGCCCGUGGAUAAAAUGGUGGACCUGAGCGGCAGGCAGCUGAGAAGGCUCCCUCUGCACAUCUGCUCUUUCAGGGAGCUGGUCAAGCUCUACCUGAGCGACAACAACCUGAACCACCUCCCCGCCGAGCUGGAGCAGCUGCAGAACCUGCAGCUCCUGGCACUGGACUUCAACAACUUCAAGGCGCUGCCGCCGGUGGUGUGCACGCUGCGGCAGCUGGUGGGCAACAACCGGCUCUGCAGCCUGCCCGUCGAGCUGCGGCUCCUGCGGAACCUCCGCACGCUCUGGAUCGAGUCCAACUGCCUGCAGCAGCUGCCCGAGGUGGUGUGCGAGCUCAGCCUGCUCAAGACCCUGCACGCCGGCUCCAACGCGCUGCGCGGGCUGCCCGCCCGGCUGCGCGGCCUGCGGGAGCUGCGCACCAUCUGGCUCUCGGGCAACCUGCUCUCCGAGUUCCCCGCGGUGCUGCUGCACAUGCCCUUGCUGGAGGUGAUCGACGUGGACCGCAACGCCAUCCGCCACUUCCCCAGCCUGGCCCACCUGCGCGGCCUCAAGCUGGUCAUCUACGACCACAACCCCUGCCGCAACGCGCCCAAGGUGGCGCGAGGGGUGCGCAGGGUGGGCAGGUGGUCCGAGGAGAGCCCGGAGCCUCGCAAGCGCUCCGGGGCACUGGGAGACAUCGCGCCCGAGGACCUGCCGCCACUGCCGCCCGCCGGCGACAAGGCCGAGCUGGAGGCGGAGCCCUGCUGA